CAUAUUCUCGUUUCUCAAACGACCAACCGUUCCAUAUAUAAAACAAAACGCUUUCAACAAUUCUCUCCGAUCUCUUUCUCUCUACUCCAGACUCCAAACUCCAAACCCAGUCACUGUUUUGCACAGAAAGCUCUCAUAUCAACAUCCCAAAAAAAGGCCUACACUUUCCUCUGGGAUUCUUUGUUCGAUUCGAAUCGAGAUGAGGAAGAGCUCGAACCAGAAGCAGCCAACGGCGUCGUCUCACGUCGAGGAAAAUGAGGAGAUCGAGUGGGAGAUGAGACCUGGCGGCAUGUUAGUUCAGAAGCGAGACGACGUCGUCGUUGAUGAUGGUGCCUCUGCCGCUGCUGUAGCUGAAUCCACAGGUGGGCCCACCAUCAAGGUCACCGUCUGCCACGGCCCGGCCCACCACGUGCUCCAUGUUCCGGCCCAUUCUACUUUUGGGGAUAUAAAGAAUGCUGUUGUCCAGAAAACUGGUUUAGAGGCUAAAGACCAGAGACUCUUGUUCAGGGGAAAAGAGAAAGAGGAUGAGGAGCAUCUCCACAUUGCAGGUGUGAAGGAUAGGUCGAAGAUUUUGCUUUUGGAGAACCCUGCAAGCAAAGAGAGGAAGCUUGAGGAGAUACGAAAAAAUAAUGAGAUUUCAAAGGCAUGUGAAGCAGUUGCAGGAGUCAGAGCAGAGGUUGAUAAGCUUUCGGAAAGGGUGGCUGUCUUGGAAGGGGCUGUGAAUGGUGGGACAAAAGUUGAGGAGAAAGAAUUUGUUGUAUUGACAGAGUUGCUUAUGAGGCAAUUACUGAAAUUGGAUGGCAUUGAGGCUGAAGGAGAAGCAAAAAUGCAACGGAAGGCUGAGGUACGUCGUGUCCAAAACUUUGUGGAGAAACUUGACAGCGUGAAGGCCAGAAACUCCAAUCCAAAUAUCAACAAUAGCAAUGCUGUCUCAGUAACAACCAAAUGGGAAACCUUUGACUCUGGAGUUGGAAGCUUGAAUGCCCCAACCUCAUCAUCAUCAGCAAAAGUAACUGAGGAUUGGGAAAAAUUUGAUUAGGUUAAAAUGUGCUUUACAGCAUGGUCUAUAGAACAAGGUGUGGAACGUAAAUUUGAAAGAAUAUUUUCUUUGGGUGCUUCAUUUCAAAGUUCUCCUUUUGCAUUGUGUUACAGAACUCAUGAAUGUAAGGGAACUAAAUUUCUUGAAGAACAAUUGUAAUUUACCCCACCUUUGGUUCAUUUGCAA